AUGGCUCUCUUUUUGGUGUAUGCGCUCAUCACUGUGGUUGUACUCGUGUAUUCCUUCGAGUACCUCAUCGGCUGCCGUGAUGAUGAGCGGGAGCCUCGCAGGCUGCGCGCCAGGACACCGCUCGUUGGGCACCUGCUCGGCAUCAUCGCUCACGGCCCAUCCUAUCACAGCAAACUCAAACACGACCAUGACGUCGAAAUCUUCACCCUCGGCAUCCUGCACCUCAAGCUCUACACCAGCGUCUCGACGCGGCUCAUGCCGCUGAUCCAGCGGCAGCCGCAGCGGCAGCUUUCCUUUCUGCCUAUGCUCCGGCACGUGGCUCGGCGCUGGGGCGGUGCCAGCGACGAGACGGACGCGCUCUUUGCGCGGACGGACCUCGCGGCGGACUUGAGCCGAGCCAUGCGGACGAGCCUCGCGCCGGGGCCGCACCUCGACGCGCAGAACCUGCGCAUGGCCCGCAGGGCCCUCGUCGACGUGGACGAGCUCCUCGGCAGGGUCCGCGAGCAGGAGCAAAAGGGGGGUGGUUACACGGUGAAGCUCUUGGAGUGGACGCGUCACGCGGCGAUGCAGGCGUCGAGCUGUGGUGUGUACGGCAACAACCAUCCCUUUCUGGAUCCAGAGAUUGCCGCUGCGUUUUGGACAUGGCACGCCCAUCUCUCGUCCCACCUCUCGGGCGCCGUCAAUCUCGACAGCCUCUUCCGCACCGGCUACGCGGCGCGCCAAAAGGUUUUUGCCGCGCACGAGCGCUACUGCGCCGCCGUCCCGGGCGACGCGUCGGAGCUCCUCCGCUCGCGGUGGCGGGUCCUCCGCGCCGCCGGCGUGCCCGAGGCCGACUGCGCCCGGCAGCAGGCGACGCUGCCGAUUGGCAUGCUGAGCAACACGGUGCCGACGCUGUACUGGACGCUGUGGGAGCUGUUUUCGCGGCCGACGCUUUUGGCGCUGGUGCGGGACGAGCUCCUCGCGGCAGGGGCCGUCGUCGUCGUCCAAAGGCCAACACCACAAGAGGUCGACGACACUGGUAGCAGUAGUGGUGCUGGUCAUGGUGAAUUUGCGCUCCAUGUCGCCGCGCUCAAGCGCCGCUGCCCGCUGCUGCUCUCCGUCAUGCAGGAGACGCAGCGCGCGCGGCACGUCCACGCCGCCGUCCGCAAGGUGCUGCGCGACACGGAGCUCGACGGCGGGCGGUACCUGCUCCGCGGGGGCAGCUACCUGCAGAUGCCGGGCUACGCGAUCCACCACAGCACGAGCGUCUGGGGCCCGUCGGCGGGCGAGUUUGACCCGCACCGGUUCGUGCCGAGGGAGGAGGAGGCGGAGGAGGAGGAGGAGGGGGAGGGAGGAGGAGGAGGAGGAGGAGGCGGGGAGACGACAAAGAGGAGGAAGCAGAGGGGAAGCGAUUUCUUGGUGUGGGGCGCGCCACCGCAUUUGUGUCCGGCGCGGCAGUUUGCGGCGACCGAGAUGCUCAUCCUCGUGGCGCUGCUGGCGAUGCGGGCGGACCUGGCGCCGGCAGAAGGGGGCGGCGCGUGGGAGGCGGCGCCGGCGCUCGACUUGGGCGAUCCGGUCACGGUGCUGAAUCCGAAGCGGGAUGUGCCGGUCAGGGUGAUGAGCCGGCCAGAGUGGGAGGGGGAAUGGAGCGUCGUCAUGUCGGAGAGUACGCUUCGUGUGCCUCUGGCCUCGGGCUAG